CUCGCCACAGUCAGCUGGGGAGAGGCAUGCGUGUGCGCGCGCGCGUGCCGACCAACCGGGAAGCGAAGCGAAAGCCGAGCAAGACCCUGUAAAACGGAGCAGGCUACAAGUCGAGGAGAUUUCUACCCACUACAUUCAUUCUGUCCCCAUCAUGGCCGACCCAGCGGAUGCGGAGGGCGCGGGGGGCGCGCGAGGCUUCGCCAGGCAGGGCGCGCUGAGGCAGAAGAACGUACACGAAGUGAAGAACCACAAGUUCAUCGCGCGCUUCUUCAAGCAGCCGACCUUCUGCAGCCACUGCACCGACUUCAUCUGGGGGUUCGGCAAGCAAGGCUUCCAGUGUCAAGUAUGCGGUUUUGUGGUCCACAAACGCUGCCAUGAGUUUGUUGCUUUCUCCUGCCCUGGGGCAGACAAGGGCCCAGCAUCAGAUGACCCUCGCAGUAAGCAUAAGUUCAAGGUACACACAUACUCCAGCCCCACAUUCUGUGACCACUGUGGAUCUCUACUGUACGGGCUCAUACACCAGGGGAUGAAAUGCGACACUUGUAUGAUGAAUAUUCAUAAACGAUGCGUGGAAAAUGUUCCCAGCCUGUGUGGAACAGACCACACCGAGAGGAGAGGACGGCUGCAUCUCAGUGCUAGUAUCACAAAUAAUGUUCUCACCGUGACCGUCAAGGAGGCUCGUAACUUGGUGCCAAUGGAUCCAAACGGUCUGUCGGAUCCAUAUGUGAAGCUUAAAUUAGUUCCAGACCCAAAGAACGAGAGCAAACAGAAGACAAAAACCAUCAAGUGCUCCCUCAAUCCUACCUGGGACGAACACUUCAACUUUAACCUCAAAGAUACAGAUAAAGACAGGCGUUUAUCAGUGGAGGUGUGGGAUUGGGAUCUGACCAGCAGAAAUGACUUCAUGGGGUCGAUGUCUUUUGGCAUCUCUGAGCUGCAGAAACAAGGUGUCAGCAGUUGGUUUAAGUUGCUAGGCCAAGAGGAAGGGGAGUAUUUCAAUGUUCCAGUUCCUGCCGAUGGAGAGGAGGGUAAUGAAGAACUGCGGCAGAAAUUUGAGAGAGCAAAGAUUGGGCCUGGCACUAAGAAUACAGAUGGCUCUUCAAAGAAUGACAUCUCUAAAUAUGAUGCUAAUGGCAACAAAGACCGCAUGAAGCUCUCAGACUUCAACUUCAUCAUGGUGCUGGGCAAAGGCAGCUUUGGCAAAGUGAUGCUUGCCGAACGUAAAGGCUCAGAUGAGCUGUAUGCAGUGAAGAUCUUGAAGAAGGAUGUGGUCAUUCAGGACGAUGAUGUGGAAUGCACUAUGGUGGAGAAGAGAGUUCUCGCUCUCUCUGGCAAACCGCCCUUCCUCACCCACCUCCACUCGUGCUUUCAGACCAUGGAUCGUCUUUACUUUGUGAUGGAGUUUAUCAACGGUGGAGAUUUGAUGUAUCAAAUACAACAAGUGGGCAAAUUUAAGGAACCCCAUGCUGUGUUCUAUGCUGCAGAAAUUGCCAUCGGCUUGUUCUUUCUUCAUUCAAAGGGGAUUAUAUACAGAGAUCUGAAGCUGGAUAAUGUGAUGCUGGAUGCUGAAGGCCACAUUAAGAUUGCAGAUUUUGGAAUGUGCAAAGAGAACAUGUUUGAUGGGGCCACAACCAAAACCUUCUGUGGCACUCCAGACUACAUUGCCCCAGAGAUCAUUGCAUAUCAGCCGUAUGGCAAGUCUGUCGACUGGUGGGCGUAUGGAGUUCUACUGUAUGAAAUGCUGGCAGGACAGCCCCCUUUUGAUGGUGAGGAUGAAGAUGAGCUUUUCCAGUCCAUCAUGGAGCAUCAUGUGUCUUACCCGAAAUCCAUGUCCAAAGAAGCAGUGGCCAUAUGCAAGGGGCUAAUGACCAAGCAUCCAGGGAAGCGCCUGGGCUGUGGACCAGAGGGAGAACGAGACAUUAAGGAACACGCUUUCUUCCGCUACAUGGACUGGGAAAAACUGCAAAGCAAGGAAGUUCAACCCCCCUUCAAACCCAAAGCAAAAAAUCAACGUGACACAGGUAAUUUCGACAAGGAGUUUACCAAGAUGGUGGUUGAGCUGACACCAACGGAUAAACUCUUCAUUAUGAAUCUGGACCAAAAUGAAUUCCAAGGUUUCUCCUACACCAACCCUGAGUUUGUCAUUCAGGUUUAACAGCAAAUUCAAAACGAUUGCUCCAUUCAGGUAUGAGAGCAGAAGGCACUUUUAUUACCCAGAAAGCAUUAUCUUGUCCCUGUGUAUCUUGGUAGUCCUCUCUCUCCACUUAAAAAGGCGCAAACCCAGAAGGAUCAUACUGAACCAAAUCAGGAUUAGACUCAGUCACAACCAAAGCCUCACAAACUCUGAUUUGAAAUCAACAGAGGAGAGAGAACGGUUAUAAGAGUGUAUUCAUAGUCUCCAUGAGAAUGUCUUGUCUUUUCAUCUCCAUGAGAAUUAUCCUAGCUCUUUCUUUACACAUUCUCUCCAUAUAUUCAGUCAGCUUUUACCAGCAGCCCCUCAUUUCUAAAUGAAUUAGCCUGACAACAUGCAGCACUAAUGGCUUUUUCCAGAGCUAAUUAAGCCUUACGCAACCUUUGAAGUUAAAAUCUGGUUUAAAUUAGUAAGGUAUUUUGGUAUCAAUUCAAAGUCAAGUUCCUGUGCAUGAGUAAGUGGUUAGAUAAGCAAAUAUCCUCAAGAAUAUAUUGCUAAAUGUUCAUAUAAAUGGUUGAUAUCUUUCGGCUUGGUCUGAGAUUUCAGCACAAGCUUGCAUUAGCAUUAGCAUUACAGCAAAAUAGUAAAAUAAUGACAUUCAUGUGGCAUUUAGUUUCCUCCUAGCAUUAUGGCUUCUUUUCAUGAGAUUCUCUUAAAAAUGCAUUAUUUAUGAUAACUUGAAGGAAAUACAUAGGCCACCAGGCUUGAUUUAGAACUGACAUGCAACUCAAAAGCACAUAGACAAAGCUUUGAAAAUCAACAUUUUUACAUGAAAACGGUCCAUGUUAGUAGUCCCAGAAAUAUGUUGAUAGUUUGCCUUUGUUUUACAUAUCCUUUUGGUUUAUUAAGUGUAUUAGGUAUAUUGCAGAUCAAUGGAAGUCUGAAAUUAAAGAAGUCUUAAAUCAGUUAAUGAGCUAAUUUGAGAAGGCAUCACAAUGAUUUUGAAGAGAUUUUAUUUAUUUAUUUAUUUUUUGAAAUUCUGUGCUCGUUAUGACUAAGUAAUAUUUGUGAGAUAAAAGAAGUAAUUAUGACAUGAGUCAUAAUUAUGACCUUAAAAGUCAAAGUAAUAUUUGUCAGAAUUAGGACUUUUUGUGUCCUAUUUUCAACUUUUUAACAUAAUAAUUAGGACUUUUCAUCUAUUUAAUUUUACAAGUUUUACUUUGUCUCAUUGUCGACUCCCAAUUUCAACUUUUUAUGUCAGAAUUUUGAGCUAUGUCGUCAUUUUGACUUUUUUCCUCAUAAUUAUGACUUUUUAAUGUCUCAAUGUCUACUUUUUAUGCAAUAAUGACUUAAUAUGUAAAUUUUGACUUUUCGUGUCAUAAUUAUGAUUUAUCAAAGAAUUCAUUAUUUUUUUUCCCUUAUGUUGCAGAAUUGGAUUUUUACAGAGAAGUAUGCAUAAUGCCUAUUUUAUGGUUAAAAACAGUCUAAGAAAGAAACAUUCUGUAACUGUUUAAUUCAGAAAGCAGUAAUUGUAGCAUCAAAUGACAUGAAAUAGAUGAAAAUAUGCUUAUGAAAAAAGGAAUAAUGAAUUAGGAGAGACAAAUCUUUAAGAGCACAAAAAAGUGCAGUCGUUUGAUAAUGCAGACUUCUGAUUUGCAAAAUGAUGAGACUUUACCGACCGGAAUGAUGAGACAAACACCGACUGGAAGCUUUUAUAAUGCACUUUCAAACUUUACUAUGUUUAAAGAAUUAAGUCUCAGCAUUUCUUUUCAUUGUAUUCAUGACCCGAUGACAGGAGCAUGCCGUUGCAAUCCUUGACAAAGUGUGUUAGUGCUGACUGAAUUGGCAUCUGGGGUUGCAUAUCACUGGCUGCAGAGAAUGUGAUUCAUACUUUAUGAGCUGAAGAACUAUAACAAACAACUGAAACCCUAAUGUGGCAUAUAUUUUUGUGGGAGAAUCUGCAGUAAAGCAUAACGUGCCAUGUGUCUGUGUUAAACAGACUCCACAAGGAGUUUUAGUCUACCCUAUGCAUGCCUGGUAGAGCCCUUGCUCUUAAACUCGGUGUUACCUUAUUAACCAAGUGUGUCAGUAAUGGUUGGAUCUGUUGUAGCAUAGAUCUUAAUAAGGGUUAUGGUGUGUGAACAUUUCUAUUCAUUUACGUUUUAUUAUGUAAUAAGAUAUAUGAAAUAGAAAUAUAAGUAUUCUAGUCUUCCAAACGAAAACACAUUGUGUGAUCAUGUAAACAGUGAUAAGUAUCUGCUUUUCCUGAGGUGAUAACUGGAAAAUGGGGAUAAUGUAUAAAAUAUCUUGUAUAAUGUUUAUUGUAUAGUGUAUAUGGAGGAAAAUGUUAUUGAAAGACCUGUAGCCUGAACUAUAAAGAUGUGAACGUCGGAAAGAAGGAUAGAAAAGCUGUAAUCUUAAAACAACAAUGUAUUUAGUUUUUCUUUUCUUUUUUUUUUACCUUGAAACAUCAGUUUCAAAAUCAUUCUGAAGGUUCACUGACAUAUAAUAAAGUAAAUGGCUUCUGUUUCUUUUCCAUUUUCCCCUUAAUCAUUUGAGGGGGGUGUAAGUUUGAUGAAUAGGUAUGAAAUUCCGCAAAAAGGGUGAAUUGCUUUGCGGCAGCAACAAAUUCUCGUGUAAUUACAACAGAGUAUAUACUUACGAUAGUGAAUUCCUCUCACUUAACUGAGCUCCAAAAUCGUUAAAAUAUUGUAAACCCCUGGCCCUGUCAAUAUUUUUGUUUCAUGUUUUAAUAUAUCAUAUUUUAAUGAUGAAUGAUGGUUUUUAUCAUGGCUUUAAAGGGCUUCCUGUACAAAAAUCAAUCCCCCCCAAAACAUGUUUUAUACUAUGCAAGACAGAUGCAUGUCAACAAUGACAUUCACAUCCAGACAGCAGCAGUGGUUGGCUAUGGGGAGGGCUAUCGCUGGUGAUGGCAGAGAUAUUUUGCAUGUUAUUUAUUUAUGCUAUGUGUAUUAUUAAAGCUUUUUCAAAUGCCUAA